AUGCAGGAGUGCCACACCGGCCUGUGCCUUUCCGUCUACAUCGUUACCUUUGUGCUGGGCUUUCCGGCAAAUGUCCUGGCCUUCUACACCUUUCUGAAGAAAGUGAGGCGUAAAACCACCCCGAUUGACAUCCUUCUCCUCAACCUGACCAUCUCCGAUCUCCUCUUCCUUCUGUUUUUGCCCUUCAAGAUGCAUGAGGCCAUGAACGAUAUGAAGUGGGGGCUGCCCUAUGUCUUCUGCCCGAUAUCUGGGUUCAUCUUCUAUUUGACCAUCUACAACAGCACCUUCUUCCUCACCGCCAUCAGCGUCGAGCGCUACCUGGGCGUAGCUUUCCCCAUCAAGCACACCCUAAAGCGCAAACCAAUGUAUGCCGUUGCUGCCAGCAUCUUUUGUUGGAUCUUCUGCUUCCUUCACCUUAGCAUUGUGUUUAUUGUGCCUUUUAUUGGACAAGAAAUCCACUCAAAUGCCACCUCUGCCAUUAAUGAAAUCAAGAGCGAGGUGUGUUAUGAAAACUUUACCAAAGUGCAGCUGGAGGUCCUGCUCCCUGUGCGUCUGGAGCUCUGUGUGGUGCUUUUCUGCAUCCCGUUCCUCAUCUCCAGUUUCUGCUACAUCAACUUCAUCAGGAUUCUGUCAAGGCUGCAAAACAUUGACCGGCGCCGCCGCCUCCGGGCCAUUGGCAUGGCUCUGGGAACACUGUUAGUUUUUGCUUUGUGCUUCGGCCCCUACAACGUCUCACACAUUGUGGGUUUCAUUAUGAAGAAAAGUCCUGCAUGGAGGGACAUAGCCCUGCUGUGCAGCACCUUCAACACGUGCCUGGACCCCUUUAUUUUCUACUUCUCCUCGUCUGCCAUGAGAGGAACCGUCAGUGACGUGGCAGAAAGGGUUAAAAGUAGCCUCGGCAGGUGCCUAACCUGUCACACGUUCCAGGCCUUGUGGGGGGGAAUUAGUGAGACUGAAAAUGAUAAGGAGCACAAACAACAGGAGAUCAAUGCUAUCAGAACUGACAGGAAGGAAACGGGGAGCAGCAGUCUCUAG